AUGUUUCAACCGUUCCCCAAGUUCUACAUCAUUCGCCCCGAUGGCUCUCUUACUCCUCUCAUACCUGUUGAUGAGCUCCCAAAAUGGGUUUCCUUUGCCAACUGGGAUCCGGAAGACAUCUCUAUGUAUUCGACUAUGUACGCAGCUAGUCUGAACAGCAUCCCUCGAGAAGGCGAGUACGACCUCGUCUGCCACCACUGUUUCGCGCAGGUCGACGGCCAUCAUCGUAGCGUUUCGGAACAGAGCGAAAUCAGCGCCCCAAUACCCAUCCCGACCCUCACUUAUGGCGAUACUGUCGGCAUGUCGGGCUCCUGUCCCAUGCAGGCUCCGGACCCAGCUCCUUCGCAGAUGACGGCAGUGCCUAUGUUGCCGGGGCUUUUGAAGCAGCCACCAUUUCAUGCGAAUCUUUAUAGCCCCUUCGUUGGCAUGUGCCUCGUCAACUUUCCACGUUUGCGAUGGCCGUUCAGGUUCGGGUCGACGACCCAGGAUCAGGACCAGGAUCGCGCCAACGAGGAGGAAGGGGAAGAAGAAGAAGAAGAAGAAGAAGAAGAAGAAGAAGAAGAAGAAGAGCACCACGAAGAACCACAAUGCAAUAACACAAAACAUCCUUCAGGCACCGACGAUGAAUCAGAUAGUAGUAGCGAGUAUCCAGCACAGACACCACUCUUAGAACGACUGAACAGACGGCUGGCUGAAAGCAACCGCAUUCCAGGUGGCUCCUCUGAGGCCGACCUUGAACUUGGGUAUGGAAUCUAUGGAACCUCAGUUCCCCCUGGAUUUGGAUACCUAGAUGGUGCGAGUGGACCACCCUCGAUCUCUUUGUCAGCUGAAGAACCGUCAUAUGUGAGUCCGUAUCGACACAAGACCACAGAUGAUGUGGCUCCCAAGAAGUCGGCGCUGGCUCGCAAAGCUUCCAGCUCCCAAAGAGAAAGAAAGAAAGUGCGAUUCGACUCAUUCAGGGCCGAAUUCACUCCAGCGAAAAGCCCUUGAUUUUCAAGGUUCUGUGAGAAAUCAUUGCGAU